ACAAAUCGACUCUUAUUCGUUUCUUCAAGCUCAAAUCCCAACGACAAUGGCGGUUCCGAUUCACUUCCUCAUCAACUCUCCACCUGAAUCAUCCGACGAAGAGUACAACGGUUCCGAAAUUUCUAAUUCAUCUGAAGACGAAUCAAUGGAAGACGAAUCGUCCGAGUUAGUAAACACAAACGAAGGAUCUCUCUCCAAUCUCGUAAACGAAGAAACUGUGGAAGGGUUUUGGGUUAAGUAUCCGUAUUUGAAGGAGUUAGUGGAGAUUAUUGUAGCUCAAGGUUUGAUUUCUGAAGAAGUUGCUUUUGAGAGAGUCAAGCUUAUUGGUGAUGAUAAAGCUAAAGAGUUGAAUGAUGGAUGGAAAGCUUUGUGUCUUAAGGAACAGGAUUUGGGUAAUCAGAUGCUUGAGCUUCUUCUUGCUUCUUCUUCUACCACUAAACCCUGAGGAAUUUUUCAUGUUUUGAUUUUGUCUUUGAGAACUUUAUGUAUCGUUUAUGUUUGUAUUGAAACCUUAAUGUGAAAAAAUUGCAAAGUUUCUCAUAUA